GCGUGCAUCACAUGGUCAUGGCCUCUCGGACGCAUAUGCAGCGCGUCCGGAUGCUGUACAAGACAAUUUUGAGGUUACAUCGCGGUCUACCGGCCCAGGUACGACCCUUGGGCGACGGUUACGUCCGCGAUGAGUUCCGGAGGCAUAAGGGAUGCGUCGAGAGCGAGGCGAUCAUCUUCCUCCACGAGUGGACUAACUACGCAGUGUCUCUCGCCGAGCAGCUCGGGUUGAGAGGUCCUCAUACAGCAAAACCGCUAGGGCGAUAUCUGAAAGAAGAAGACAUCGAGAAGAUGCGAGACGAGCAAGUGUGCCAACUGUAUGAGCUGAUGAUCGCGGCGACGGGGAAGCCAGAAGACGCCAAGAAAACAUAACUACGUGGCUGUGU